CCCGUAGAAUAGUGGACAAACCCGACCCGAUUCACCACCAACCACCAGUUUUAGAGAAUCAGAUUCAUCGUUCUCUUCGGGAUUUCCGUUCUUUACAAAUAUCAAAGGUCACAUUCAGUCCCUGGUUUUCAUUUUAUUUUUCGUUUCAUUUUCCCUCAAUCGAUGGAGAGCUUAGCCCUCCACUCUUUAUCCACCACUUCCUUCUCACUUUCCUCCCGCACUUCCCUUCAUCGCCGCUCUAAACCCAUCACAAAAUCAUCCCAACCGUCCGUUUUCCCUUCAUCUUCGAUCCCCACCCUCCGAACUCCGGUCAACCCCAUCUCAUUCGAUGCACUGCCCAAUAGACCCAAGCCCCUCCUUUCACCAAUCCGGGCGGCCGCUUCUCUAAACGCCAACGACCCACCGUCUCAAACGACAACCUCUCCUCCACUUCCCCAAGGAGCUAAGCUAUUUCCUUUGUUUCUAUCAGUUUCAAUUGGUCUCAUUGUUCGUUUCAUCGUUCCCAAACCCAUUGAAAUAACACCACAGGCAUGGCAGCUCCUCUCCAUCUUUUUAUCCACAAUCGCCGGUUUAGUCUUGAGCCCUUUACCCGUCGGAGCGUGGGCUUUUAUUGGCCUAACAACUUCAAUUGUCACCAGGACGCUGCCGUUUGCAUCCGCCUUCAGUGCCUUCACCAAUGAAGUCAUUUGGUUGAUCGUCAUUUCCUUCUUUUUCGCUCGCGGAUUCGUUAAGACGGGGCUCGGUGAUAGGAUCGCUACUUAUUUCGUCAAAUGUUUGGGAAAAAGCACGUUGGGAUUGUCUUAUGGGCUCACUUUGAGUGAGGCCUUGAUUGCGCCGGCGAUGCCUAGUACUACGGCUAGAGCUGGUGGGGUUUUCUUGCCCAUUAUCAAGUCAUUAUCUCUGUCUGCUGGAAGCCGGCCGGGAGAUUCGUCAUCUAAGAAGCUUGGGAGUUAUCUGAUUCAAUCGCAGUUUCAGUCUGCUGGAAACUCUAGUGCUCUUUUCCUGACUGCUGCGGCUCAGAAUUUGCUAUGCCUAAAAUUAGCAGAGGAGCUUGGGAUUAUUAUUUCGAAUCCUUGGGUUUCAUGGUUCAAGGCUGCUAGUGUACCGGCACUUGUUUCUCUACUGCUUACUCCGCUUAUUUUGUACAAGCUUUAUCCUCCCGAGACCAAAGAUACACCAGAUGCCCCUGCAAUGGCAGCAAAGAAACUAGAGAACAUGGGUCCUGUCACGAGAAAUGAAUGGGUCAUGAUUGGAACAAUGAUUCUUGCAGUUACUCUAUGGGUCUGCGGAGAGAAAUUCGGAAUUCCAAGCGUUGUGGCUGCAAUGAUUGGUUUGUCAAUACUCCUUUUGCUAGGCGUGCUCGACUGGAAUGACUGCUUAAGUGAAAAAUCAGCUUGGGAUACAUUGGCUUGGUUUGCUGUUUUGGUAGGCAUGGCAGGCCAAUUGACAAACCUAGGGAUAGUGAGCUGGAUGUCUGGUUGUGUAGCUAAGUUCCUUCAAUCUUUCUCUUUGAGCUGGCCGGCUGCAUUCGGUGUUCUUCAGGCAUCUUACUUUUUUAUCCAUUACCUAUUUGCAAGCCAAACCGGUCAUGUAGGUGCAUUAUACUCUGCUUUUCUUGCCAUGCACUUGGCAGCCGGAGUGCCGGGUAUAUUAGCGGCACUGGCUCUUGCUUACAACACCAAUCUUUUUGGUGCCAUAACACAUUAUAGCAGUGGUCAGGCCGCUGUCUACUAUGGAGCCGGAUAUGUAGACCUACCGGAUGUAUUCAAAAUAGGAUUUGUAAUGGCUUUUAUUAAUGCCAUUGUCUGGGUUGUGGUUGGAAGCUUCUGGUGGAAAAUUUUGGGUCUCUUCUGAUUUAAUUACCCUCUGACUGUGAGUGCCAUCCUUCCCUGUUG